UGUGCUGUUGCUGUCGUGGCGUGGCUGGUCGCGCCAGGCGGGGGAACUUCACCACACUGGAGCCCGGAGUCCCACUCUCUCACCUGCGCAGUUCGGAGCUGCCAUGGGUCUCUCGCCUGGAUUUGCUGUCCUAAUCAUUCUAUCGGCCUCUCUGCUGCACAUCCGCGGCCUUUACAUCGCCAGUAGCGUUGACUCCCUGCAGCAUGUCCUGGGGGAGUAUGGACUGGUGAGGCCAAUGAGUGUGGAUGCAGAGGGCCUCUUCCUGUCGCACGCUGUCUCGGCAGGCCGUAUGGCAGGAGGGCAGCCCCGUAGGCGCCAGAAGAGGGAGCUAGGAGGAGGCAAUGAAGAGUGGGAAGGACCGAGAGGAGUCGACGAGGACCGUGAGCCGGUGGCCCGCCAGCAAAGGCUCUACUACAACGUCACCGUCUUUGGCCGGGAGUUCCACCUGCGCCUGCACCAUAAUGCCAAGCUGGUAGCCCCCGGAGCCAAGAUGGAGUGGCGCGACGACAACGAUAGCACACGGCACAUUGAGACAUUGCAAGACGACUGCUUGUAUGUGGGUGACAUCACAGACACGCCAGGAGCCACUGUGGCGAUCAGCAACUGUGAUGGCUUGGCUGGUAUGAUCAGGACGGAGCAAGACGAGUACUUUAUCGAGCCUGCGGAAAGAGGCGAUGGAAUGAUUGAGGAAGAGGAGGCAGGAGGAGGAAGGAUGCACAUCGUCUAUCGCUCUUCAGCCAUUAAGAAGGUGCCCAUCGACAACACAGCGGGAGACUCCCACUUCAGAGGUGCAGAUGUUGGUGGUCUAAUGGAUCUGGAAUCUCUCUACCAAGGCGUGGAGCAGAGCAUCAACAGCACCCGAGCAGGACGUGCUCGCAGACAGAGCGUGGACCGCGCCUACAACAUUGAGGUUCUGCUGGGUGUCGAUGACUCUGUGGUCCAGUUUCAUGGGAAGGAGCAUGUCCAAAAGUAUCUGCUGACGCUCAUGAACAUAGUGAAUGAGAUCUACCACGACCAAUCUCUGGGAGCAAAAAUCAAUGUGGUGCUGGUGCGGAUUAUCAUGUUGGGCUAUGGAAAGUCCAUGAGUCUAAUCGAGUUGGGGAACCCUUCCCAGAGUCUGGAGAAUGUGUGUCGUUGGGCCUUUCUGCAGCAGAAACAGGACGCUGGGGACGCUGAGUAUCACGACCAUGCUAUCUUCCUCACACGGCAGGAAUUUGGCCCCACGGGCAUGCAGGGUUAUGCCCCAGUGACGGGAAUGUGCCAUCCUAUAAGAAGCUGUACUUUGAACCACGAGGAUGGUUUCUCUUCUGCCUUUGUGGUAGCACAUGAGACCGGACACGUGCUGGGCAUGGAGCAUGAUGGGCAGGGGAAUCGCUGUGGAGAUGAGGUGCACAUGGGGAGCAUCAUGGCUCCACUGGUUCAAGCUGCCUUCCACCGUUUUCAGUGGUCCAAGUGUAGCAUGCAAGAGCUGGGCCGCUACCUCCAUUCCUAUGACUGUCUCCGUGACGACCCCUUUGACCACAACUGGCCGUCGCUGCCACAGCUUCCCGGUUUACACUACUCCAUGAAUGAACAGUGCCGCUUCGACUUCGGUGUGGGCUACACCAUGUGUACUGCGUAUCGCACCUUCGACCCAUGUAAGCAGCUAUGGUGCAGCCACCCAGACAAUCCCUUCUUCUGCAAGACCAAGAAAGGACCGCCCAUUGAUGGCACUACGUGUGGAAAUGGGAAGCAUUGUUUUAAAGGUCACUGCAUCUGGCUGACACCUGACAUCAUCAAGCAAGACGGAAACUGGGGCUCAUGGAGUGAAUUUGGACAGUGCUCUCGCACAUGUGGUGGCGGAGUUCAGUUUCGCACACGGGACUGCGACAAUCCAAGACCAGCCAACAAAGGCCGCACCUGCGUGGGGGCGACUUACCAGUUCCAGAUGUGCAACACCAACGAGUGCGAGGACAUUUACAGUGACACGCGAGAGGAACAAUGUCACGCUUGGGACCCUCGCUUCGAACAACCCAGCAACAAGCACUGGCUGCCCUAUGAACACCCAGACGCAAACAAACGCUGCCACCUGCACUGCCAGUCCAAGGAAACGCGGGAUGUGGUCUUCAUGCAGCACAUGGUCCUGGACGGCACGCGUUGCUCGUACAAGGACCCGCACAGCGUGUGUGUGCGUGGGGAGUGUGAGAAGGUGGGCUGCGACGGUGCGGUGGGCUCCUCGAAGCAGGAUGACAAAUGCGGCGUCUGUGGCGGAGACAGCUCCAGCUGCAAAACCUUCAAGGACACAAUCACCCGCACAGUCAAGAAGCAAGGUUUCCUCAAACUUCUUGAAAUUCCCAGAGGGGCAAGACACUUGCUGAUCCAAGAGCUGAAAUCUACCUUGCACACAUUUGCUGUAAAAAAUGUGGCUUCAGGACUUUUUUUCAUAAAUGGGGAAAAUGAAUACCCAGAAUCAAGAUCGGUGAUAGAAAAGGGGGUAGAGUGGGAAUAUGAAAAUGACAAAGACAAGGAGACACUUCAGACUACAGGCCCUCUUAGACAUGGAAUUCUAAUCAUGGUUAAAUUACAUGGCAAUGAAGAUGUGAAUUUGUCCUAUAAGUACAUGAUGAACAUUGACAGCGAUUCUGCCAUUCAAAACAACAUUCUGGUGGAGGACAGUGCCUACGAGUGGGCCCCUAAGAGAUUGUCCUCCUGCUCCAAGCCAUGUGGUGGAGGGAAACAAUACCUGCGAUACGGCUGCAGAAGAAAAAUAGACAGCAAGAUGGUUCACAAGAGCUUCUGUAACAAGUCCAACAUGAAACCUCGAGGAGACACACGAGACUGCAACCAGAAGCCCUGCCCUCCACCCAUCUGGGUGGCAGGGGAAUGGCAGAACUGCAGUAAACCAUGUGGAAAGACCGGGAUGCAAGUCCGUUUGGUCAGCUGUGUCCAACCGUCGGACGACAACACAACCAGAUCGAUCCAUAAUAAAUAUUGCAACGACGACCGUCCAGAGACCCGCAGGUCCUGCAACCGACACGCUUGUCCGACCCAGUGGAGAGUCGGACCAUGGUCCCAGUGCUCGGUGACCUGUGGUAAUGGGACUCAGCUGAGGCAGGCUGUGUGCCACACCAGGGACAACACCAUCGGCCUGUGUCUGGACAGUAAGCCAGACACCAUCAGAAUGUGUCGGAUGGAUCUAUGUCCAAAGGGCUCAUCCGACCUCAACAAGAACGGCAACAUCCUGAUCCAGUGGCUGUCCCGCCCCAGCACCAACUACCACAAGAGCUCCUCACGUCACCGUUGUCAUGGAGACCGCUCGGUGUUCUGCCGUAUGGAGGUGUUGAACCGCUACUGCUCUCUACCAGACUUUCAGCGUCUAUGCUGCAAGACGUGCAGCAAUAUUACUGUCACAGAGUCUGAAAAAAACUCCACAUCAAUCCCCGUCACCGCCACCCGUUCCCCAGUCACGGCUCAUCCGCCCACUAGCCUCACUUCUUUGUUUGCCUCCAUCACCCACUCCACUAAAGUGGUAGUCCCUGUCGUUCCAGAUGCCACCACCAACUCCUGGACCGUGACUCAUCCUCCUACAUUCACUCCAAGCCAUCAUUCCACCUUGAGCUCAAUUGGUACCACAGAAUUGAUCACCACCUACCCGAAAGAAGCUACCACAUCUCCUGUUAUUCCUCUCAGCUUGUCUGAGGCAGGAACAUCGGUUGUUACAGACUUUCCCGGGCUUACUGCGGAACCCCUUCCUGUGCCUGUCCCAGGAAUAGACAAAAGCUUAAAUCCAAUACCAUUGAGCACAACAAAUCAUCCAAGUCUUAUGACUGCCACAAGCUCUCCCACAACAUUAACUCCAGCCAUCUGUCUAAGAGGAAACUGUACUAAAAGACCACUGGUAUCCAAGCCUAAAAAGGACACUGUGCCAAAGAAAAAGGCCCUGAAAGUGAGUCCACCAAAAAAGAAGACUACACAAAAGAAUACUGCCAAAAAGUUGGCUACACCAAAGGUCAAUCCCAAAACAAAGACAAACACUACACCAAAAAAGAGUACACCAACCAACAAAAAGACUACACAAGCUAACAUUUCUUCCAAAAAGACGACCACUGCCAACACAACUCCCAAAAAAGGUAACACAGCAAACACCAUUCCCAAACAGAGUACCCCAGGAAACAUAACUCCCAAAAAGACCCAAACACCCAUCAAACCAAUCUCCAAAAAGAUUACCAUUGUCAAGACAACAGCCAAAAAGACCACACCAGCCAAAACAACUCCCAAAAAGACAACCCCAAUCAAAACAACGCCCCAAAAGACUACACCACUGAAAACUCCCAAAAAGACUACCCCGGUCAAAGCAACCCCCCAAAAGACUCCCCGAGUCAAAGCAACUCCCAAAAAGACUACCCAAGUCAAAGCCACUCCCAAAAAGAUGAGACCUACCAACAUGACUCCUGAAAUGAUUAAACCAGCUAUCACAACCCCGGAAAAGAUUAUGCCAGCUCACACCCCGCCCAAAACUUUUUUAAAGACAACCCCUGAAAAGUCUCACCCAGUUAACUGGCCUCCAGAGGAAGAAGACAAGCCCACUCCCAAAACGAAGAAAUUUCUUCCAAAAAGCUUUCCUAAUUCUAAAUGCACAGUUAUAAAGCAACCCCAAACAAUAGCUAGCCAGAAAAAGACGACGAAGCUUAAUCAAAAUAACAUGCAAACGACAACUGCAACAAGAGCUUCAUAUCCCACAACAUGGGCCACUCGAUUCACAAGCCCAGGGUCAGCAAGAGAAUAUGUUUCUUCCACUCCUCCCUCUACCACUAGUGUCUGUAGUACAGCUGCAAUUCUGCCUCUACCUGAUUCAAGAGUCAACAUCACAUAUGUCACAAAAAACUCACCAACGGCAGAUGACGCGCUUCUGUUGCCCGACGACAACGGAACCACAGCUCCUGGCAAUUUUGAAGAUGUCGCAAUGCCCAGUGGAAACAUGCCGUACACAGAUGUCACAAAAAGCAGCAGCGGGGAUGUCCUGAGCGGUGACGGGGUCACGGUGCCCUAUGGUGACACCACAGUGCCGGACGCUGGCUUGACUGUGAUGAUGCCAACCGUCAACAAUGAGGACGUGACAGAUCGGGCUUCCUCACCCUGGGUCGACCUUUCCAAGUAUAUCCCUGUGAUUAUCCCUGCCACCCUGACAACACCAGACCCCACAAUCUCCCUUUCCAGCACAACUUUCUCGCCUCAGCAAGAACUAAAAGAGAACAACUUCAUCGACGUCCUAUACAACAGGAUUACCAGUGUGGACAGCAACAUCUCUCAGAACAACCUGAUCCCAAAGCGUCGUGUCAACCUCCAGGAAAAGACCAGGAACAAACGCAUUCAGGAGCUUCUGGAGGAGAAGCGAAACCUUCUCCUCAGGAUGAAGAGAGGCCGUGCGCAGCGAUAGAGCACAACAUGUCAGUUCUCUUAUAGAGACGAAUGCCUUUACAGACUGAACUGCAGCAAUACCCUUUAUCAGGGCUUCAAACCACAAACUAACAAAUCAUUCGAGACAAGACUAUUGCAAAUCGACAGUUUCUUUGCAAAGGAAAGAGAGUGCAAUUCAGAAACUGGAGCGGAAAUACACAUCUAGUUUAACUAGCACUUUAUAAAACCAAACUUGUUACUCCUCCAAAUCAUCCACAAUCAUGUGCAAUCACUGUUGAUGAGAACUGUUGUCAUAUUGGUACUUUUGACACUUAUGCAUGAACGAAGUACAACCUGGAAUCCAAUAUAUUUGAUAUUAUGACAACCUUACAGUAGCUAAUACCUCAUGGUAACACUAAUAACAGCUACUGUGACACAUCAAAAGUGUGUUUCUACUCUGAGAACAUGUACAACUGCAAUGAAAAUAUCGUAUACUGUAUAUGCACUACUCACAAGAAGCUCGGGAUAAAAUUUCGCCAGAAAGCCGAAUAUCCCUAACUUUUUGUGAGCAGUGUAUACCUACAGUUAUUUAGAAAAUGCUACACAAACACAAACCCACCUUUCAGUUCACUUCAUUUGAAACUAUCUGGGGUCAUGUUGCCUUUUCCAGAAUUGCAUGCAUGGAAGUUUCUCAUCUCUCAGGUCGUUAAGAUAUGGACAACUGGUAAGGUAUAUGACACAUGGUGCUUCCUACUUACAUAUUAUUAAACAAUUGCUGGGGGGAAUUAAAGGGGACAAAUUAUGGGGACCAGAUUUUUAUUUUUUUUAAUGCUUGUAUACACAUAGUCUCUAUGUUUUGCGAUGUGAAGCAUAUCAGAGACGUUUUAUUAAGACACAUUGGAACUGCUUUAGAUUGUGUACAAAAAAAUGCACAAUAAGGCUCAAAAAAGGAAAAAGAGGAUGAAAAUCAACGUAUUUUAACUCUUGAAGGCAGCAGUUCAUACGCUAAACUGUGUCUGUGGACAUAUUGGCAAACUCAAAUGUUACGCUAGUCUGUGCCUCCCACAAAAGUCAAUGCAGCUUUGCUUACUAUGGCUGAGAUGGGAUUCAAUUGAACCUGAAAAAGCGAUUCCCGAAUCACAAUUUUUGGAUUUGAAGCAUAACAAAUCUUGUGUUCUAAUGUAAUGUCAUGUGCUCUGCGAGUUGGCUUGUAGGUGUGCUGCUUUGCCUCCCUCUGCUGGCGUUUCAGUGAAAUCGAUUCUUUUUCUGUUAAAUUCCAGCAUUCCUUCUGAUAGGUAGAUUUGACCACAUGACACCACAGGUCACAGUGCACGGAGUCUGGCGAAAGAGGUGUUAGCUUCUAAAUGCAUACAACCAUGUGUUACUCCAAUUCCCUCACCAGUUCCUCUCGCUGUUUGUGCAGAGGAAAAGCAUCGCCUGUGAGUUGUAUUCUGCUUUUCUCUCAUAUAACAAGUAGUUUCUGUACUGGAAGUCAUUUGUUUUUGAGAGCGAGUCCGAGCCAUACUGCUUACCUUGCAAAAAGCCACCUCUGGCUAAUAUAUAAUCAUACCCCAUGACACAUAAAGUGCAUGCACCAUUUCAUCAUCAAGCCACCUGACAAAACUCAAUUGCAACGAUUGUAGCGGUGCGGAGAGAACUUGGCUGAAUAUUUGUGUAUGUGCUCUUCAUCCAAAGAGAAUGCGUGUAGCACUGUUAGCUAAGGCUAGUCUGUGCUAACACUGCAACUUUGCUUACCCUUUGGCUUUGAAACUGGUUUGAAAGUGGGUCUUUACCUCUGGAACUUCAGCCAGCCUUGCUUCCAAGUCAUUGGCAAAGACAAAAUGUGUGCUGGUGGUUGUUACGUAAAUUAGCCCCACUGUUACAUAAGAGUAGGGCGGAAGUGCUGAACAACACGCUCACCGACACGUUUUAGGAAAUAAAUAAAGGAAGAAAAAAAACUUGAUGGAUGGGCUGAAACUCCAGAGACUCAACUAUAUUUAUACAAAUAUUAAAAAUUCAAUUUUCCAUGUCCACUUUCAGUCAUGAGGUGUAAAAAUAGCAUGUGACGUUUUUUUUUAAUGUUUAUUAUUUUCAUCUUGGUCACCCAGUUAUGAUUGAUACUUUAUGGUCAGCGGUGCUAAAAGUGUUCCUGAUUCAUUAUUUUCUGGAAAGAAAAAUACAGUUUCAUUUUUUUAAGUGUCUAUUUGUCAGCUUUGUCUACACAGAAGCUUUGAGGACUGCUUUGGAUUUCUGCUUUCAAAGUUAAAUUAUUCAUAUAUUUCUAACUGGAAGCAACCACUAAAGCACCUACAGAAUUUUCUGUAUGAUAUCUGUACAUAUAAAAAAGAACUUCAUGUUUAAUAUUUAUUAAAGUUUAAGUGCCUGUGGUAUUUUGCAAUGUAUCAGUGUUACAUGAUUCUUUUUAUUGUGUUAACUAACUUUUCACCCUUGAUUUUUGCCACCACUAAAAAUAUUGCAAGCAGAUGUCGAUUAUGUCACUUGGGCAGUCAAAAUGUGGAACAUUACCGUAGCAAGUCAGUCUUUUACAUAAUUGUAACAGCCAUUGUUAUAGCACAUAUUUAAUCCAGUUUGAGUUAGUCAAGGACAAAUUAUCAUCAAAUUAGCACCAUAAAAUUGUUCCCCUGUUCAUAUACAGUGUAACUAAAUGAAUAACAAACAUUGCUAUGUUGCACAUUCAC